AUUCGCCAACAACAACUCCUUCACGGGCCCUCUGCCGUCCUUCUUUGGCAGCAUGACCAGGCUGCAGCAGCUAAAGCUCUACUCCAACCCCAUGGGAGGGUCGCUGCCGGAGUCCUACUCGCAACUCAAGAACCUCACCCACCUCCAUCUGACGGACAUGGGUCUAUCGGGCCCCAUUCCCGACUCGUGGGGCCACAUGAAGAGCCUUCAGUACUUCCAUUUGAGUCGCAACAAUCUCUCGGGCACGCUUCCCCUCUCGCUGGGUCAACUCACCAACCUUGUUGAAUUGUCUCUCAACCAAAAUCCGCUGCUGGAGGGAAAGCUGCCGCCCUGCUGGGCCACCAUUCAGUCCCUCGGCACUCUCACACUAACAAGCACCAAGCUGCACUGCCCCACGCGCCCUGUGGAUUCCUGCUGUCCCGGCACCCUGCAGAGCGACCUGCCCUACUGCUCCCUCAUCUGCCACCACUUCUGCCACGACUGCCAUCCACCACCACUGUCGACAGCGUACAUUGCUGGUAUCGUGGUGGGCUGUGUGCUGCUGCUGGCGGUGCUGCUGCUCGUAUCGCUCUAUGUGUGGUACUACUACUGGGGACCCGGCAGCCGCAAAG